AUGGAAACAAGGGAAUUCGCUACAAGGGACGAACUGUGGCGCAUCCAAGAAACGCUGCACGACCUCUCUGCAACCCAAGCUCUUCAUUCGGAUAGAAUCAUGCGCCUGGAGCAAAAGAGCCAGAAUACCGACGGGAGCAGGUCUAGAAGUGUCUGGGGCUUGAAUUCGCCCUUUCCGACGGUCUUGGGUUCAUCGCAUCACGAGUCCGCUCUCAACCCCGCAGCUGAGGCCUUCCGGAACUUCGAUGUUGAUCCUGGUGCGAGCAUGAUCAGUUCACUGACCUUGGACGCCAACGACGACUCGAGAAGGGGCGCAGCCGCAUCCCGGGCAAACUCGGUACGAUUCGACGAGAGUGCGAAUAACCACUAUGCGCCGUCGAGGCAGUCAAUGGACCUUCCUGCGCGGACGGGAAGUGGCUUAGGAGGUCAUGCCCUUUCCGAACGAUCUCUUUCUCAUCGAUCCGAUGGACGGCCAAGCGGUGCGGGUUUUGGUCGGACCAACAGCUUUGGUUUGGAGCAAAGUCGCCUUCUUGGUUCUAUUCACAACUCGCCGCGGGUGUCCGGCAAUCCUCCGCCGGGGUUUUUCGUCCUGGGCCCCUGCCCGUCCAUCAUCCGUUGCUGGUUGACGCAGACCUUCACCAAUGACUCGCUCCUCUAUGCUGCCAUAUGCACUGGCUCAUCAGGAUCCUGGGUCAGUGGCGCACUUGUAGAGAAACUUGAGUUGACGGAUUCGAUUGUUGACGAGUCAGAAUCUCGCUCCAUCCGCCUACCAGUGUACUUAACCGAAGCAAAGAUUCAUUCGCCAGCGGUGAGAUCUGCGAGCCCUGUGCCUCAGAUACCCACGUUGAUGGUCAAGUUCAUCAUUGACGAGCAGCCUGUGUUGGACUCGUCGAUACAAAUCAUUCUGGGCAGCGACGUGUUAAGAUCACAUAACGGUGAUAUCCUGUUCUCACAAGACAAGCUGAUGAUAUUUGAUGAAGAGCGGAAUCAGCUUUCCAUCCCGUUAGUGCGACCGGAAGAUGACGCCGCGUACAAGGAUUUGUCUACCGGUUCCCGUCGAAAAGGAUCGUCCUUGGCCGAAGCGGAAUUUCCACCUACAACGGCAUCCCCUGUCGGAGUCAUAGGCCGUCCGGGAAGGUCGAGUUCUGGAGGAGAAGGAUCGCCCAAGGUCGCGCCGACAAGUCGUGUAGCCUCUGCUACUACAUCGGAACCGGGUGAGGGCCGGAGAACCGAGCACCAUGAUUCUUCAACACGGCCCAGCUUGGAGCUAAGUCAAUCGCGACCUGGAGACGAUUCCAAAUCCACCACGGGAAGCGAAAAAUCCUUCAGUACCCCAAUGUCCAAGUCAGGUUCUGGCGUUUGGUCCAGUUCAUGGCGGGCAGUCUCAUCAAGCGGGCCCCCUGGGGAGUCUAGUGGGAAACCACCAUCCAGCUAUGCCCGACCGAGCAGUUCACGGCCUAUGAAGAUUCUGCGGCCGACCAAAACAAUGGCCAAUGCCACGCGAAGCGCUUCUACCACGGCAUCGACUCCUAACGGGGUGGAGAGUACGCCGACCAAGACGGGCGAAACGACGGCAAAGACCAGCUCCAGCGAUCUGGCAAGAGAAACAAGGUCUCCUGCGCCCUCGUCAACGCCGAAGACCAACCCAAUUGGAUCGGGGACCGCUUUCGGAUGGCUCAAUACCGGCUCUCAGCGCAGAACGACAGCGAACGGCUGA